AUGCAGUCCGAACAUUAUCGCAAAAUCGAACUCCAAUCCCCCGCAGACCUCACCUACCUCUAUACCAACGCGGUCGCAGAAUCGCGACAAAAGCUCGAUCUACACUUUCCGCCCUCCGCGUACUCCAAUGGCGACCAGCCGGAUCCCAUGAAAGAGCGCGUCAAGGAGCUUGUCGACGACUUUAUCAGACAAACAUAUACCUACGCCUCCGACUCCCUGACCAUAAACGGCCUCGAAUUCGAUUCUGCGUCCGUCUCUGCCUCCGCUUCAGCUUCCAAAGACUCUGGAGACGCGCCAUUCCCAUUCCCAUCUGCAUUCUCAGCGCCCAAUGAAACUAUCGAAUUCGAGCCGUACGACGGAAAUCUUGCGUCGCGCGUAAGCUCUUUAUACGCUCAGCUUGAGUCGUUGACUACAACGGUCGCGCAGUUGAGACGUGAUGCGCCUGGGAAGGCAGCGAAGAUAUACGCGGCUAAUUUGAGGGAGGCGUUGGAGAAGGAGGACGAGGAGUUUGAGCAUCAGCAGGAACAGCAACAACGCAAGCGGAGACGGUUGGAGGAGAAUAAGGACGGUGAUAACGACACAAACAUGGAAGAUCAUGACGACGAGACGCAAGAAAUCGACCCGGAGUUCAGAUUGGAUAUACCAUUUGGCACGCAAGCGGAGCGCGAGAGAUGGCAGAGCGGCGAGAUGGCGGAGGUUUAUACAGAUACGUUACGGACUUUGCUUCGAUUGCAAGGGGAGGAACUGACAGAUUCUGCCGGGGCAGUGUCUCAUGCUGAUAGUGACAAAAAGGCUAUAUCGACGACGGUGGCCACGGCCGAGAGGGCUGAGAAGGCGGUCGAGGUUGUGGAGAGGAUGGUUUAG